AUGGCCAGCAACGAAGCCGAAGACGACCACAACAAUGAAGGAGAGAAUCCGGGCGAGGCGACAUUGCUGGUCUCCGAGUUUCCACCUCCUCCCUUUUACUACAAGGCGGCGGCACACUUGGAGCCUCCGGAAAUUCCGUUCGAUGCGUUGGCUCGAGGCACCAAACGUGCGGCCGCCUUUGCCGCCGGGGCUCGCGCCGAAUCGGAGCGAUUGCGAUUGGGAGAUGACGAUCCGGACAAGACGGAUGCCAUUUUGGGUGGAUCGGUGCCCACGGCGCCUGGAGAAGACGAAGAAGGAGAUGUCGUCGCCGUCUUUGGAGAAAUUGUCGAAGAUCCCGUUGUCGUGGAACCAUUGGAGCCGUGUGAAAAUCCAACGGUGAUUCGAGAUGAAGUCAAACGACUGAACAGAGAAGUCAUACAGGGAUUUGUCAACCUAGUCCAAGAACUGGUGCACCGACCAAUGGACAACAAGAAAAUGAGAGAUGAGUUAUCUCAUAAUGUGUUUCUGAUGCUACAAGAAUGCAACAAAUUCCGUGAGCAUCAAGCACGAGAAUUAUUGAUUGAUUUAUUGGAACAAGAACUGUCAGAACGGCGCAAACUGGCAGAAGAGCUCAAGACUAGUAUAGCAAAAGCAGACGAGUUGCUUUUGGGAGAGGACAGCAAGCCCAAAGAAGAGGAAACUGCCACCAAAGCAGAGGAGGAGGGUCCAGAACCCAUGAAGGAAGAUUAGGGCCAUCUCUUAAAAUGGCAGUGGCCGUGUAGUCAACAACCAAUCGAGACAACAACGCAGAGUGCCAAAUGGGGUUUCUGGACAUGUACCUAUCAUCGGCUUUGUGGAGAGGAACAUGAUAUUCCUCUCUCCUUUUUCUACUCGGGCCAUUGU